GAGCCAAUGGCCCCGCGUGUCUGCUAGGAGAGGGCGGGCAGCGCCGCGGCGCGCGCGAUCCGGCUGACGCAUCUGGCCCCGGUUCCCCCAGACCAGAGCGGGGCCGGGAGGGAGGGGGAAGAGGCGAGAGCGCGCGUGCGCAUUGGCGCGGGGAGGAGCAGGGAUCUUGGCAGCGGGCGAGGAGGCUGCGAGCGAGCCGCGAACCGAGCGGGCGGCGGGCGCGCGCACCAUGGGGGAGAAACCCGGGACCAGGGUCUUCAAGAAGUCGAGCCCUAACUGCAAGCUCACCGUGUACUUGGGCAAGCGGGACUUCGUAGAUCACCUGGACAAGGUGGACCCUGUAGAUGGCGUGGUGCUUGUGGACCCUGACUACCUGAAGGACCGCAAAGUGUUUGUGACCCUCACCUGCGCCUUCCGCUAUGGCCGUGAAGACCUGGAUGUGCUGGGCUUGUCCUUCCGUAAAGACCUGUUCAUCGCCACCUACCAGGCCUUCCCCCCAGUGCCCAACCCGCCCCGGCCCCCCACCCGCCUGCAGGACCGGCUGCUGAGGAAGCUUGGCCAGCAUGCACACCCCUUCUUCUUCACCGUGAGGAUGCCCCUGCCCUCUGAGGGCCAGGGGCUGGGCUGGGACUGUUGUCUGGGGGUGGGGAUACCCCAGAAUCUUCCAUGCUCUGUCACACUGCAGCCAGGACCAGAGGACACAGGGAAGGCCUGCGGUGUAGACUUUGAGAUUCGAGCCUUCUGUGCUAAGUCACUAGAAGAGAAAAGCCACAAAAGGAACUCUGUGCGGCUGGUGAUCCGAAAGGUGCAGUUCGCCCCAGAGAAACCCGGCCCCCAGCCUUCAGCAGAAACCACACGCCACUUCCUCAUGUCUGACCGGUCCCUGCACCUGGAGGCUUCCCUGGACAAGGAGCUGUACUACCAUGGGGAGCCCCUCAAUGUAAAUGUCCACGUCACCAACAACUCCACCAAGACCGUCAAGAAGAUCAAAGUCUCUGUGAGACAGUACGCCGACAUCUGCCUCUUCAGCACUGCCCAGUACAAGUGUCCUGUGGCUCAACUCGAACAAGAUGACCAGGUAUCUCCCAGCUCCACGUUCUGUAAGGUGUACACCAUAACCCCGCUGCUCAGUGACAACCGGGAGAAGCGGGGUCUCGCCCUGGAUGGGAAACUCAAACACGAGGACACCAACCUGGCUUCCAGCACCAUCGUGAAGGAGGGUGCCAACAAGGAGGUGCUGGGAAUCCUGGUGUCCUACAGGGUCAAGGUGAAGCUGGUGGUGUCUCGAGGCGGGGAUGUCUCUGUGGAGCUGCCUUUUGUUCUUAUGCACCCCAAGCCCCACGACCACACCCCCCUCCCCAGACCCCAGUCAGCACCCAUCCCCACACCCCCUCUUCCCGUCCCCCCAGCCGCUCGAGAGACAGACGUCCCUGUGGACACCAACCUCAUUGAAUUUGAUACCAACUAUGCCACAGAUGAUGACAUUGUGUUUGAGGACUUUGCCCGGCUUCGGCUGAAGGGGAUGAAGGAUGACGACUAUGAUGACCAACUCUGCUAGGAAGCGGGGCAGGAAGAAGGGAGGGGAUGGGGUUGGGAGAGGUGAAGGCAGGACCAAGAUCCCCACUGUCACCAGGGGAUUGUCCCAGCCUCUCUUCCCUUCCCCUCCACCUGGAAGCUUCUUCAACCAACCCCUUCACACUCUCCCCCGCACCCCCCAUGAUACGCACUGGACCCUCUCUUGCUGAAUGUGGGCAUUAAUUUUUUGACUGCAGCUCUGCUUCUCCAGCCCCGCAGUGGGUGGCAAGCUGUGUUCAUACCUAAAUUUUCUGGAAGGGGACAGUAAAAAGAGGAGUGACAGGAGGGAAAGAGGGAGACAAAACUCCCACUCAACCUCACACCAACACCUCCCAUGAUCACUCUGUCUGCCCCCAUUCCUUCACGAGGAGACCCUUUGUGGACAAGGCUGUUUCUUUGUUUCUGAGCAUAAAGAAAAAAAUAAAUCUUUUACUAAGCAUGA